GCCGCCCCGGAUCAGCAGACGGACAGUGGCGGAGGCCCCGCGGCCGGCCACGCCCGACGACGACGAGGACAUGGAGGAGUCGCAGCACGGCGGCGGCGGCAGCGUCGACCAGCUCUCCAAGAGCCUCGUGCGCUACGCGCUGUCGUGCGAGGCAGCCCGCAAGCCCAUCAAGCGGCAGGACGUCAACGAGAAGGUGCUCGGGUCGCACGCGCGGCUGUUCAAGACGGUGUUCGACCAGGCCAACAGCGAGCUGAUGGACGUCUUCGGCAUGGCCAUGGCCGAGCUGCCCCGCGGCGAGAGGGUGACGGCCCGCCAGAAGCGCGCGGCCGCCGACUCAAGCAAGACCAGCAACAUGUGGGUGCUGCAGACGGUCGUCCCCGCGCAGUACCGCCUCCCCGACGCGCUGGGCCCCGCGCCGCCCGCCUCCCGCGACGACGCCAGCGCCUACGUCGGGCUGUACACGAUGGUGAUCGCGCUCGUGGUGAUCGCAGGCGGGCGGCUGCCCGAGGCGAAGCUGGACCGGGCGCUGCGGCGCAUGAACGCGGACCAGACGACGCCGCUGGCGACGACGGAGAAGACGCUGGCGCUGAUGGCCAAGGACGGGUACGUGGUGCGGGUGCGCGAGGCGGUGGGCGGCGAGGAGACGGUCGACUACGUGGUGGGCCCGCGCGGGCGGGUCGAGGUCGGGCGCGAGGGGUUUGCGGCGCUGGUCGAGACCAUCUACGGCGCCGACGCGGACGCGGACGAGCUGCAGGCCAAGAUCCGCCGCACGCUGGACGUGGCGGGUGCGACGAGCGGCGUGGCGCGGAAGCGAGGGCGGGAGGGCGAGGAGUGAUACCCAUACUGUAAGCGACGGCUUGAUACGAAUCUGCAAGCGACCAUGCUUGAUACCGAUACUCAAUGAGCGACUAUGUAUACUCAACUACCAUGUCUUGCGACGGAUACAUGCACGUGAGAGCCAGACAGUGCACCCCGGCUCCAGUGGCACGGUGACAGCGACACGGCGACAGCGACACGGCGAUGAGCGCAGGCUGUAUCCCAG